GUCAGAAUUAAAUUUAAACUAAAUUAGAAUGGCAAGUGUAGACGUUUUUGACAUUUUGAAUAAAGUCAGAGAAGCUCUCAAGAAAAGAGGCGCAAGAACCAUUGCAGGACUUGGAAGAACCUUCAGAGCCUUAGACUCAUACGACGGAAACAAGAAAGUUGAUGCAGAAGAGUUCAGUGUUGGACUUAGAGAGAAUGGAGUCGACUUGACCCAAGAAGAAGCUGAUGCUUUGUUGACCUACUUUGAUAAGGACGGUGAUGGCAAUGUAUGCUUUGAUGAGUUCCUUGUCGGAAUCAGAGGAAGAAUCAACGAAAGAAGAGAUGCUAUCGCACUAAAAGCUUUCCUCAAGUUUGCUAAAGAUUGCUCCGGAGAAAUCACAGUUGAUGAUAUGAGAGGUGUUUAUACUACGGAAUUCCACCCUAAAAAACAAAGUGGAGAGAUGACCGAUGAUGAGAUCUUCCUCGACUUCCUCUCCAACUUCGGAGACAAGAACAACGACGGUAUUAUCACCAAGGAAGAAUGGAUUGAGUACUACUCAGCUGUCUCAUCAAACAUCGACAAUGAUGAUCACUUCAUCUUGCUGAUGAGAAACGCCUGGCAGCUAGAUUAA